AACUAGACCCAUCGUCAUUCUCGUAGCCUACUCGCCCGAAGGCUCAACCCCGUCUCUCUCUCUCUCUCUCUCUCUCUCUCUCUCUCUCAUGGAAGACAUAGAGGAUCUGCUGGUGGGGAGCGGCGGAGCUCCGCCGGGGUUCCGGUUGCCGGUACCGGCGUCCGUCGGCGUCAAUACGAAGAAGAAAAACAACAAGCAGCGGCCUAACCUCCGCAAGAACCAUGCAAUCCAAAGCUCACUCUCUGGCCUUCUCUCUCCAAAAAUCCCCGGCACUGAGAUCAUAUAUAUGAAGACGUUUGGGUGCUCGCAUAACCAAAGUGACAGUGAAUAUAUGGCGGGUCAGCUUUCAGCAUUUGGUUAUGGAUUGAGUGACAAUCCUGAGGAGGCAGACCUGUGGCUGAUAAAUACAUGCACGGUGAAGUCCCCGAGUCAGUCUGCUAUGGAUACUCUAAUAUCGAAAUGCAGAAGUGCAAAAAAACCCUUGGUGGUGGCGGGAUGUGUGCCUCAAGGAAGUCGUGAUUUGAAAGAGCUUGAAGGGGUCAGCGUAGUUGGUGUCCAGCAAAUUGACCGUGUGGUUGAAGUUGUGGAAGAAACUCUGAAAGGUCAUGAGGUGCGGCUUUUGAACCGGAAGACAUUACCAGCCCUUGAUCUACCAAAGGUUAGAAAGAACAAAUUUGUUGAGAUUCUUCCUAUAAAUGUUGGUUGUUUAGGUGCUUGCACUUAUUGCAAGACCAAGCAUGCCCGUGGUCAUUUAGGAAGCUAUACCGUUGACAGCCUUGUAGCCCGUGUCAGAGCUGUCGUAACUGAUGGAGUGAAGGAGAUUUGGUUGAGUAGUGAAGACACUGGAGCAUACGGCCGUGACAUUGGUGCUAAUCUUCCAAUGUUGUUGAAGGCUAUUGUUGCAGAGCUUCCCUCUGAUGGAAGCACCAUGCUUCGUGUUGGGAUGACUAAUCCUCCAUACAUUCUUGAGCACUUAAAAGAGAUUGCAGAUGUUCUUUGUCAUCCUUGCGUUUACUCAUUUCUUCAUGUACCUGUCCAAUCUGGGAGUGACAGAGUUUUAAGUGCAAUGAAACGGGAGUAUACUGUAAGUGAGUUCAGGAAGGUAGUAGAUACAUUGAAUGAACUUGUCCCUGGGAUGCAAAUUGCUACUGAUAUAAUCUGCGGAUUUCCUGGUGAAGCUGAUGAAGAUUUCGCUGAGACUGUGAGCCUGAUUGACGAUUACAAGUUUUCUCAAGUUCAUAUAUCACAGUUCUAUCCCCGUCCCGGAACCCCUGCUGCGAGGAUGAAGAAGGUCCCAAGCACUCUAGUGAAGAAACGGAGUCGGGAAUUAACUUCUGUUUUCGAAUCGUUCAGACCUUACAAUGGCAUGGAAGGCAAAGUAGAGAGAAUAUGGAUCACUGAAAUUGCCACUGAUGGAAAACACUUGGUGGGCCACACCAAAGGGUAUGUGCAGGUACUGGUAGUUGGUCCGGAAACCAUGUUGGGGACUUCAGCUAUCGUGAAGAUAACAUCAGUCGGAAGAUGGUCAGUGUUUGGGGAAGUGAUCGAAAUUCUCACACAAACAAAAGGUAACCCUGGAUCAAGAGAGAGAGAGUCCACUGGCAACAAAUGUAAACCUUGCCCUGAUCCUGAUGAAACUUGUGCAUGUGCAAAAGAGCCCCAACCUUGUGCUUGUGAAAUGCCAAGUAAUGGGGAUGAAGCUAUUGUUUCCCUUCCGAAGAAUGAAAUUAUGUGGACAGAAGAGCGAACGAACCGAAACGUUAUUAGAUGGUUGCUAAGGAAGCGGAGAAACCAAAAGAGGAUGGAAAAUGGUAUUAUCUCGGAACCUAAGGAAAAUCACGAAUUGGAUAGUGGAAGGACGCGAGACUGGGCUCUGUUCGACUGGGCUCUUCUGGGCGGAGCUAUUCUGAGCCUGUUGACAGUUAUAGUUCUACUAUUAUGGGCGUGCUGGCGGUAGCUUUUGUGACUUGAUCUUAGACUUGGCACUUAAAAAGCUGUGCCACUGCUGCUGCUUUUGGAUCAUAAAAUUUUACAAAAGCUGAUUUUUUGGGAGACUACAUUUUGGAUGUGAGACUGCUUGUGCUUGAAUUCACUCAUCAGAGGUGAGAUUCUUGGAGGGAUUGUUUAUGAAGUUCCUAUUAGUAUUAGAGGAUAGCUCUGGUAUAAUUUUCACUUUGAUCCAAGUAGCGACGGUGUACCUUUCAUUUGGAAACUGUGUUACGAUAUCAUCAAAUUGUACCCAAGGCUUGCUUUGGAGAAAACUAGUAGCAAUACAAAUGAUGUACCUUUUGUGGUAUUUUUUCUGUUUGAAUGAUAUUUGUACGCAAGGCGUGAUUUGGAAA